AUGAAGUUACAAUUCCCCAAUCCAGACCUGGAGGAUAGGAUAUUGUCCUACCAGGAGCUGGACAGGCUGGAGGUAGAAGAGGCUGGAGACAGACCGAAAUGGGACAACAAGGCCCAGUACAUGUUGACCUGUGUUGGGUUUUGUGUGGGCCUUGGAAAUGUUUGGCGCUUUCCGUACCUGUGUCAAAGUCAUGGAGGAGGUGCAUUUAUGAUACCGUUUCUGAUCCUGCUGGUUCUCGAGGGAAUCCCACUUCUACAUCUUGAGUUUGCGAUUGGUCAACGUUUAAGAAGAGGCGGUUUGGGAGUGUGGGCUCAAAUUCAUCCCUACUUGACUGGCAUUGGUAUUGCUUCCAUGUGUGUAUCCCUGACAAUCAGUCUCUACUACAACACCAUCAUUGCCUGGAUUCUGUGGUACCUCUUCAACUCGUUUCAAGACCCUUUGCCUUGGAGUCAAUGUCCCAUGAAUGCUAAUUUAACAGGUUUUGUCUCCGAGUGUAAGAGGAGCUCCCCUGUGGAUUAUUUCUGGUACAGGGAGACCCUGAACACAACUCCAACGAUUGAAGAGGAUGGCGGUCUGCAGUGGUGGAUACUGUUGUGUCACGUUUGUGCGUGGUCGCUGCUCUACAUCUGCAUCAUUCGUGGUAUUGAGACAACCGGGAAGGCUGUGUAUGUGACUUCGACCCUUCCCUACGUGGUACUGACAAUAUUUCUGAUCAGAGGUUUGACCCUGAAGGGCUCUUUGGAUGGCGUGAAGUUCCUCUUCACCCCAGAUUUAGAAGAGCUGGCAAACCCGUCAACAUGGCUCGAUGCAGGCGCUCAAGUGUUCUAUUCCUUCUCUCUGGCUUUCGGUGGUCUCAUUUCCUUCUCCAGCUACAACUCAGUUCACAACAACUGUGAACAGGAUGCAGUGAUCAUCUCUAUCAUCAACGGUUUCACCUCUGUCUAUGCUGCAACCGUCAUUUACACUAUAAUCGGCUUCAGAGCAACCGAGAGAUUUGACAACUGCCUUUCUGGAAACAUCCUGACGUUACUAAAUGUCUUUGAGCUUCCUGAUGGGAACAUCACUGAAAGCAACUACGAUCAGGUCGUUCAGCAUCUCAAUCAAACACAACCUGAGCUUUUUCAACAGCUGGAUCUUGCGACCUGCAACUUAAAAACUUUUCUUAGUGAGGGAGUUGAAGGGACUGGUUUAGCCUUCAUUGUGUUCACUGAGGCCAUCACCAAGAUGCCCAUCUCCCCGAUGUGGGCCGUCCUUUUCUUCAUAAUGCUCUUCUGUCUCGGCCUGUCCUCUAUGUUUGGAAACGUUGAGGGAAUUCUAGUGCCACUGCAAGACCUCAAAGUGUUUCCUAAAACAUGGCCGAAAGAAGCCACCACCGGUGUAACGUGCAUUUUCUGCUGCCUCGUGGGUCUGAUAUUUCUCCAAGGCUCAGGGAACUAUUGGCUUUCCCUCUUUGACACCUAUGGAGGAUCCAUCCCUUUGCUAGUUGUUGCAUUCUGUGAGAUGUUCUCGGUUGUGUACAUAUACGGAAUAGACAGGUUCAAUGAUGAUAUCAAGUUUAUGAUUGGCCACAAACCCAACUUCUUCUGGCAGGCAACAUGGAGAGUCAUCAGCCCACUCAUUAUGUUCGUCAUCUUGGUCUUUUACUUUGUGACGGUAGUCUCUGACAAGCUCAUUUACAAAGUCUGGGAUCCUGAAUCGGAUGCAUUCCCAACACUGGAUGAAAAGGAAUAUCCAGUCUGGAUCAAUGUGAUCAUCUUCAUAUUGGCAGGGAUACCCAGUCUGGCUGUGCCUUCAGUUUGUCUCUGGAAGUUUUUAAAGAAAAAAAUUAGGGAUAGGUCACAAUUCUCUAAUAACUCUAAAUUCUAGACUAAAUUAAAAUGAACAAUACAAGCAAAAAAUCCACAGCAUAAUGUGGUAAAAUCUCCAUUCUUCUUUUUCAAGAAGAUGUAGGUAAUUGUUCUCAUGGUUUAAUCAACAGACUUUUAAAUAGGAGGCACAGUCUCCGUUUCCUCAGCCACUUGUAACAACAGUUUAAUAAGCUCUCACCUCUUAGCAGUGAAAGGUGACCAUAUGAGAAGCUGUACAAUUCAAAAGACACAGCAACAAACAAAUAUGCUUUACUGUUAGUCUAAUUCUUGUUAAUUAAAGGACUUUAGUAAUGUGGCUUUUGUAAGGCAUCACUUUCAGAAGACCAGUAAAAUGAAACAACCAUAUUGUUGAAGUUAAAGCCUUAUCUGAUUACUAUUAGCUCUGGAAAAAAAGCAAUUGAUUUCUUACGUAUACAUAGGUGGCAUUCUAUUGUACAGUCUUUGUGUUUGCUCUCAGGAAUAUGGUAUGUAACAUUAGCACACUAUUUUAAGUUAAAUGACAGGGUGCUUGCAGUGUGCUCUUCAUCAUCUAUUCUUGAAUCUCUAUUGGCUGGAGACGAUCUAAAGUUUCUGCUUUGUGGGUGUGCCCAGACAGUUUCUUAAAACUGUGGGUGAGACUCAGACUCUGCUAACGGAAUACAUUUCAAAACAAAUUCGUAUUGUGUGUCAAAUUACUGAAAAUAAUUUGAGAGCCAAUCCAGUGACAUAAUCUUAGUAUACACCUGUAGUUCUAUCCCAGGCCCGUGGUGGGUUGGUCCAUCAGAGGGAUUCAUUGUGCCCCAAAAGGAGGCUGACUUUGAGCCGUGUGAUGAAUGAAGGUUCUGUGCAUUUAUCUGUCCACCUGAGGUCACUGUUGCGACAUGUUUCAGAAGUUAAUUAAAUA